CAGGGGCCCAGCACAUAACUCUAGGCAGCUGCAGUCUGGGACACAGACACCAGCAGCUCUGAGCCGAACUGACAGCAUGAAGGCCCUCCUGGCCCUCCCGCUGUUGCUGCUUCUCUCCACACCUCCCUGCGCCCCCCAGGCCUCUGGUAUCCGGGGAGAUGCUUUGGAGAAGUCUUGCCUUCAGCAGCCCCUGGACUGUGAUGACAUCUAUGCCCAGGGCUACCAAACAGAUGGUGUGUACCUCAUUUACCCAUCAGGCCCCAGCGUGCCCGUGCCUGUCUUCUGUGACAUGACCACUGAGGGUGGCAAGUGGACGGUUUUCCAGAAGAGAUUCAAUGGCUCAGUGAGUUUCUUCCGGGGCUGGAAUGACUACAAGUUGGGCUUUGGCCGUGCAGACGGGGAGUACUGGCUGGGGCUGCAAAACCUGCACCUCCUGACCCUGAAGCAAAAGUAUGAGCUGCGAGUAGACUUAGAGGACUUUGAGAACAACACGGCCUAUGCCAAGUAUGUCGACUUCUCCAUCUCUCCAAAUGCGGUCAGCGCUGAGGAGGAUGGCUACACCCUCUACGUGGCGGGCUUUGAGGAUGGUGGUGCAGGUGAUUCCCUGUCCUACCAUAGUGGCCAGAAGUUCUCCACCUUCGACCGGGACCAGGACCUCUUUGUGCAGAACUGUGCAGCCCUGUCCUCAGGAGCCUUCUGGUUCCGCAGCUGCCACUUUGCAAACCUCAAUGGCUUCUACCUGGGUGGCUCCCACCUUUCCUAUGCCAAUGGCAUCAACUGGGCCCAGUGGAAGGGCUUCUACUACUCCCUCAAGCGUACCGAGAUGAAAAUCCGCAGGACCUGAGGGGCUGGCCCCAUCAGGCUCCAUCCCUUCCCUGGUCACCCCAGGUUACCAUGAAUACUCCCUCUACCCCCGAUGUCCUACGACCCCACUAUGUUGCUCUGCUGCUCCCUGACACCAGCCUCUCACAAGAGGCCUUCCGACUCUCAGUAACAGCUGAUCCCUAUCACACACCUAGGGCAGACAUUUCUAAGCCAGGCCCUAGGAGCUCCCUUUCACCUGAGGCUAUGCUACCAGCAGUGCCAGGCCUUUUCUAAGGCACAGCCAUCCAGCCUGGACCUGGCUGGCCUCCAUGAGACUGAGCUGCCUCACCCUGUCCCAACAGCUGAGAGCCAGGAGCCACCUCCCAGGAGUGUACUUUUGUGUUCCACUUUAACUGGCUUCUUUACUGUGGGCCCCUGUGUCUGGGAAUACUCUAGACCAAGCAGCACAGUCUGACCACCCACUGGGGUGUAUGCCAGGCCAUUCAUGCAUGACCACUGCCAUACCCUAGCACCCCUACUGGCUAUUUUCAGUACCUCCCAUCCAUGGCCUCCCUCUCACCAACUUACUCCCCUGUGGUGAACCCCAUGGACCUCCCAGCCCCACCUCACAACUAUUACUGCUUCUACCACCUGCCUAUCCCAGCACCCCCAAAGCUCAAUGCCAAAAGAGUAUUCACCACAGCUACUGCAUGUCACCCUGAAGCAGACAUGGGCAAGGUAGGCAUGAAAACCCAGGUCCCCCAACUGCCCCCAGGGAUUAAGGUUUAACCAUGUGAGGGCACAGAGAAGAAUCUGUGGGCCUGGGAAUGGGUGGGGCAUGCAAGGCUCAGUCAUGGACCUAAACAAAUUGGCUUUGUGCAUGAAAAAUAUUGCUUGGAUCCCCAACUGGCUCCUCCUUGUACCCCUAUUGGUGGUAUACUGUCCCCAUCUUCAAAAAUGACAUCUGGAGUCAGGCAUUAAAAGGAACCUUGUAUUUCA